UCUUCUUAUGUUUAUUCAUAUCUCUUUCUAAUUUCUCCUAUAGCAUAAUAAUAUAACUCAUGUCUGGUAAUACUAGUUUUCGUUAAUGUGGCAACAGUUACAAGAUCACAUUAUCAUAAAUUUGAUUUCGUAUAUAAUAUGGAAUAAAAAGUUAAUUUGAUGCCAUGCUGACUCAAAUUGAUUAAAGGUCUAACAGAAGUUUAAUAAAUCCAAUAGUUUCAUGUCAAGCGAUAAUCUUUUAAUUAUUUUGAUAAGAAGAUCUUUAUAUUAUUUUAUAUGUCAAGGCUUAAAUACUUCAUGUAUAUCAUGCUUUAAAAUGUUCUAAGACAAUUGGAGACUAUAAUUAACUUACUCAAUCUUAUAUAAGGAGUAAAUGCAUUACACGGAAACAUGUUUGGGACUUUGCGCAAUAAAUUCCAAAUAGUACAAGAAGGCUUAUCUGCAAGUAUAAGAGGUUUAACAGUGGUCGAAAAUCCUAACCAGAAAAAGACUAUUAAAUCAAGAAAUGUUAAUUAUGAUGCAGGUGCAGAUGUUUUACAUUAUUUUCAGUUACAAUGGAAUGAAUUACAUGAAUUGGCAGAAGUAAAUGCAGCUAAAGCUCAAGAAGUUGAUACUCUUAUUACUAACGUUUAUGGUAAAUUGGAAUAUGAAUGGAACAAUAUAACAUAUUUAAACAACACUUUAGCUAUAAUUCCUCAAAUAAAUAAUGAAAUUCAAAAUCUUAUGGAUCAAAUAGGAACACUUGAAGAAAUGUUCGAAGAAGUCGAAGGAGCAUUGUAUAAAUUAGAAGAUCUAAAUGAAAUGAUAGAUUUACAGAGCAGACAACUGGAUCACAGAUUUCAGUUGGCUUUAUAUAAAGAAAAAAGGUUAUCAGAAAUCAAUUCUGUAAAAGCAAAAUUGGCAAAUGAACAUAUUGAUAGAGUAUCAAAACAUGAACAGAAGCAACAAUUAAUGUUGAAGGAACGACAAGAAACUUUUGAUGAAGUAUUUAAAGGAGAAUUAGAAGCUUAUAAAGCAACAGGAUAUAUACCUAAAAUACCAACAACUAAGGAAGGUCCAUCUUUGGAUGAAAUAGUAUUGGAUGUAGAUUCGCAAAUGUUUGAUGAAUUCUUAGAGAAUUGAAAAUUCACUAAGACUUUAUCAAUAAGAUUUCUUUUUCCAUUCUUUUCUUUUUUACUCAAUUAAAUGCAUUAUAUUAUUUAUUUGUCUUAUUAAUUAUUAUAUAACUAUUUGUUUUUUUAGAAAGGAGUAAUAUUUGUUUUUAUUAUUAUUAUAUAUGUAUAUAUAUCUGCAUUAGUAUGUAUAUGUGACAAUUAAAUUGACUGUGACAUUG